AUGCCCAACUUCAACUUCAAUGCGCCCGUUAUUCGCCUAGGAACACAGUCAGGGCGUGGUGGAGCUGUCGACAGCCCCGUAGGUGGGCGCAAGGAGAGCGCAGCCAUGCCUGCUCGGCGAGGACUGGGCAUGGACCGGGACGGCGAUCGCAGAGACGGACCGCAGCAGGUCAUACCACCCACUCGCGAAGAAAUUGCCCGUACCAUCUUCGUUGGUAACAUCCCGGAUGGCGUGGGAGGAGACGAUGGCAUGGAGCGCAUCCUGGAGACAGCGGGAAAGCUGGUGCGCUGGACACGCGCUACCGACGCCAACAACAAGCCCCAAACGUUCGGUUUCGCCGAGUUCGCGGACGCGCAGAGUCUGGAGACAGCAGCAGAGAUCUUCAAGGAGGUCAAGAUCCCUACAAAGCGACAGAAGCCUGGCCAAGAAAAGACGGAGGACGGUGCAGAGGUGGAGACAAGUCAACUGCAUGUCAUGGUGGACGAUGCGUCAAUCAAAUACGCCGAGGAAUGGAGCAAGACGCGCAACGAAGACGAGGCUACCGUCCAGUUCCGACUCGACAGCGCAAAAGAGGCUUUGUCCGGCGUGCUCGCAAGCCUAUUCAACCCACCAAACAUGCCCCAGAUGGACUACGGCGGUGACGUUAUGAUGCAGGACAUGCCGCCUCAAGAUGGAGACGGCGUCGAGGUUGCUUUUGUCAACCUGACCAACGCGGAAGAUGAGCUUGCGGAUAUCCCUGCGGAAAUGCGCGAGAUCGUUGCGGCCGAGAUCGCAGCAUUCCGUGACCGAUCGAACCAGCGCGAUCGCGAACGACUUCGAAGAGAAGAGGAGCUGGAGGAGGCAGAGCGUCGCCGUAGCGGUAGGCGCUCGCCACCACCCUCUGCACCUACAGGUCCUGGCGGUGCUAAUGGUGUUCCAGUUGGACCAAAGGCAGAUCGAGGCGUUCAAGGAGCUCCAAGCGGCCCGAGAGGCUCCCAAUUCCCCAAGGACUACCAGGGCGGCGUCAACUUCACGAACGGAGGGUCUCUCAAUGGUGGCACAUACUACAGUCGUGAAGACGACGAUGACUCGGCCAGCGACUCUGAGAUUGAGCGCCGACGCAAGAAGAAGCGGGACGAGGAGCUUGAAAGCGAUUACCAGAAGCAGCUUUCUCGAUGGCUCAAGCACGAGAGCAGAAGUGUCUCUUCUUUGGAACGCACAAGCGAUCGCGUGAAGAACCAAGAGGCUGAGCAGCAAGCAGUCCGAGACGCGCAGGCCAAGCAGCUCAAGGACUUCGAUGACGAUCAGGAGGCCUCGAUACGGCGCCAUCUUUACUACCGCGACCGCGGCGAGUACAUGCGUGAGCGUGAGAAGGUCCGCGAGCGAGAGGCAAAAGAAGACGCCGUCGACCGCGCCCAGGAGCAGCGCGAAAUGGCCUCCCAACAGAAGCAACGAGAUCACGCUCGCGGCCAAGCCGAUGCAUUCCUCGACCAACAAGCCGACGAAAUCGAGCGCACACGAGAGCACCGCGAGCCUCAACACUUCAAAAUCUCCCUGGGUGCCGCAGCCAAGAAACUCGAGACCGCUGCUGCUCCCCGCCGCACCGCCGCCGACGUCGAAAACCUCCUCGAAGACGAAGAAGUCACAGAUCAAACCGGCGGCCGCAAGCGCGCCCUCAUCCCUAUCAACUUCGACGCUGCUGUGCGUGCCAACCUCACACAAGAAGAGGUCGAGGAUGCGCAGCGACAGCUUGCCAGGGAUAUUCCCAACGACAAGGAGGGCCUAUGGAAGUGGCCUAUCUCCUGGGAGCAUCUGCCUGAGAAGAACAUCGACAAGGAUAUCAAGGACUGGGCUGCGAACAAGGUCCUGGAACUCAUGGGUCUGCAGGAAGAGAUGUUGGUUGAUGCAAUCGUUGAGCACUUGAAGAGUAGGGGCAGCCCGCAGGCGCUGGUUGAGAACCUCGAAGUGGCCCUCGACGAUGAAGCGGAGUCUCUCGUGAAGAAGCUUUGGCGUAUGGUCAUCUACUACAGCGAGACGGAGAAGCGGGGUAUCAAAUAA